CAAGGGUGUACCGAGGUUUGUAAACCACCCCUCAACUUAGGAGGUUAGCGCAUGCGUGAAAAGAUUUAUACUUUCUACCCUGCAUUCAAGCGUUAUUCUUUAGCGGUAACCCUUGUGAGGAAUACUUAUCAUCACAAACGUGUUUCUAAACAUCAACAGAAGUGAUUCAAUCAAUAAAAGCUCAAAACAUCACAAUCUAUGAUCAUCUGGAGGCGGUGAAGACUAGGCCGGCUUAUUUAAACUGGAAUCAUGACCGAGAAAAUGUAUUACUGGGGAGAAGAAAGAGAACCGGUCGAUCCGGACCAGACGUUCAUCGAGUUCAAGGCAAAGAUCUCGAGUGCUGGCGAGUCAUCGCGUGCUGGUGGAAAGAAAAUCGUCAUUUCUCCCCAGGGAAGAGCUAACGAGGUUGGAAUUCGCGAAGAUGAUACUGAACGUGGUGGUUGGGACAACAAACUUGACUUUCUCUUCUCAUGUAUCAGCGUGUCUGUUGGUCUAGGAAAUGUCUGGAGGUUUCCGUAUUUAUGUUAUAAAAAUGGAGGCGGUGCAUUUCUCGUUACCUAUGGAAUUGCCAUGGUUUUCUGUGGGAUUCCUAUUUUCUUCCAAGAAGUGGCAAUUGGUCAAUAUCUUGGAGCCGGAGGGAUGACUCUGGUGGGCCAGUUGUGUCCUCUUCUUCAAGGUGUUGGAUAUGCCACGAUGACUAUCGUAUUCUUCCUUGAUGUCUACUACUGUAUAAUAAUAGCCUGGACACUUUUCUACCUCAUCAGCACAUUUGCGAGGCUAACCAAGUUGCCUUGGAGUUCAUGCGACAAUUGGUGGAACAGUAAUGAUUGUUUUGAUGGCUCCAAUGGAACUGACCUUCAAAAGUUUACAAGGGAACAUAAUGAAAGCUCCCACAAUACACUCAAUGGCAGCUUUCAUCAUACAACACCAGUUGAAGAAUUCUGGGAACGCCGAGUUUUGGGAAUUACAAGUGGAAUCGAGGAUCUUGGAGGAAUGCAAUGGGAACUAUUAGGCUGCCUGGUUCUUGGCUGGUUGCUGGUUUAUUUCAUCAUUAGACGUGGUCUUCACCAGAGCGGUAAGAUCAUCUGGUUUUCAGCCUUGUUCCCGUACGUGGUGCUUUUCAUUCUUUUGGGAAGAGCGGUGACCUUGGACGGUGCGGAUACUGGUCUGCUGUAUUACGUGACACCAAGAUGGGAGGAGCUGAAAAACCCAGGGCCAUGGAUUGAUGGAGCCACCCAGAUUUUCUUUGCCUACAGCAUUGGUACAGGUGCCUUACCUGCUCUUGGAUCCUACAAUAAAUUUCAUCAUAACUGUUAUAAGGAUGCUUUGAUAACCUGUGUUGUCAAUACAUUGACAUGUCUACUUGCUGGAUGUGUUACUUUUUCUAUCCUGGGUCAUAUUGCCUUGGAACAAGGUACUCAAGUAUCAGAUGUAGUCAAAAGUGGACCAGGAUUGGUGUUUCUUACAUAUCCUGAAGUUGUUCUUAAACUUGUUGGUGCUCCUGUGUGGGCAAUAAUUUUCUUCAUCAUGUUAAUUAUCUUGGGAAUCGACAGUGAAUUUUGCAUAGUGGAGUCUUUCAUCACCGGUGUUGUGGAUAAUUGGCCUGAUACUUUACGACCUCAUCGUAACAAGUUUACAAUAGCCAUUUGCACACUCAUGUUCUUACUUGGGAUUCCCAUGGUUACAAAUGGAGGAGUUUAUAUAUUCCAGUUAAUGGACUUUUAUUCAGCAAGUGGUAUGUCUAUUUUAUGGGUCUGUUUCUUCCAAACAAUAGCAAUAUCUUGGAUUUUCGGAGUACAAAAAUUCUGUGAUUGCGUUCAUCAAAUGAUGGGAAUUAAGCUCAAUAAAUUUUGGUAUAUUUGCUGGUUGGUUUUUGCACCAGUUAUAAUGGCAUUUAUUUUCGUCUUCCAAUGUGUCCAAUAUAAACCGCUAAAAUACGGCAGUAAAUAUGAAUAUCCAACGUGGGCAGAGAUUGUAGGUUUCUGUCUCAGUUUCUCUUCUAUGAUCUGGAUACCUGCCUACGCUAUUUAUUACGUUGUAAUAACACCAGGUUCCAUUAAAGAGAACAUCUUAAAGGGGCUCAAACCAAAUAUCAAAUCGAGAACUAAGCUACCAACAGGAGAAAAAUCAGCAGUAAUACCGAUGUCAGAAAGCAGUGCUGGACUAAUAACAAAAAACAGUAGUUUUCUAAGUCAAACAUGAUUCCAGUAUUAUUUUGUUAAUAAUCUUAUCAAAUAAAUGUAGGUUUUAAUGCAUAGGUACUGUAUAGAGUAUUGUAAAAACAAUCAGGAAGUGAUAUUUGUUAUAAGUAUUGCUCCAUUAAUUAAUCAAUUAAUUAAUUAAUUGGUUAGUUAAGUGAAUUAGAAUUUACGUAUUAAUUAAUUGACUGGUUUGAUCAUUGGUUAACUGUAAGUAAAGUUUAUGGUUUUGAGUAUUGAUUUUACUCCGUUGUUUUGAUAAUUAUGAUGAAACUUCCCAAGAAACGAAUAUUUUUUGGACUUUUAUUAUUAAAUGCAACAAAAAGAAUAUGUAAAUAAAAUUCUUCACUGAAAAGGGAAUGUUAAUAUUAAAAUUAUUUUUGUUAAAAAUUUUGUGCUAUUUAUUAAUUAAAUUUUGAAUAUCGUUUAUAAGCAAUUUGAAUUAACUGAAUAUUUUAGGUAGUAGGAAAAAAAUUUCAAGUAAUAUUGUA